UGCAAAACACUCUGCCGGCGAGGAGAUCUGUGUGGAGCAGGCGGCGUUUUCCUGAAAAUGUCAUUACGGAUGCACAAGGACGACCCUGUCCGUGUCAGUGCAGCGGAGCAGAUGGAGCAGGGCUCCAGCCGCUCAGGGCUGGGCAGCGACGAUGUUACAGACGAGACCACAUCCGCGGUGGAUGUCAGGUCGAGCUCAGACGAAGACGAGGUCCCUGAUCUCCAGAGACAGUGUCUGGCAGCUCCACAAGCCCCUCCCACUACCUACAAACAGAGGUUCGAGGAGUUUAAGAGGUUAUUCAAAGAGAUUCCAGAGUCAGAGAGACUCAUCAUGGAUUACCCAUGUGCCCUCCAGCGAGACAUCCUCCUGCAGGGACGCCUCUACCUCUCAGAGAACUGGCUUUGCUUCUACAGCAAUGUCUUCUGGGGGACAAAGAUUAUACUGAAUCUUAAAUACAUCACGACCAUGAGCAGGGAGAAAACAGCUCGGCUGAUUCCUAACGCCAUCCAGAUCUCCACGAGCACAGAGAAGCUGUUCUUCACUUCCUUCUCAGCCAGAGAGAAAAGUUACUUGGGUGUUUUCCGCCUGUGGCAAAACACACUGAUGGACAAGCCUCUGACAAGCUCAGAGCUGUGGCAGAUGGUGAAGCAGCACUAUGGGAAUGACCUGGGCUUGAGCCAUGAAGAGAUGGAGAGCUUACAGGUAGCAGCAGAACCGACCAUGCAGUCCAGCCCCUCAGUGAGGCCUGGUGUGGAAGACAGCCUUGGGCGUCUGGAGCGGACACCCUCCCUUCGUCUGCCUUCGGUGGAGCAGGGUCCCCUUGAGGCCUCCACGCCCCACGAUGACAUGCCGUCCCCCGUCGGCUCACAGAGCGCCAACUCCAGCAACGCGGAUGAGUCUCGCAGCACCCCGUCCCAGCAGCGCAGCCCCGCUCCCUUACUUGACCGCUUUGCUCCAGAACGGACCUCAAAGCGCUCCUCUCUUUCUCUCGACCUCAACGCCAACGUCGACGGCAUCUCUGAGCAGACUGGUUCGGAGAGCGCCGAGGAAGUGGAGGAGCGAGGGGGUUCAUCCCAGGUGCAGGGCAGAAUCUACCUGAACAAAGUCUUCCACAUCAGCGCUGAGAGGAUGUUCGAGCUCCUCUUCACCGACUCCCACUUCAUACGCAGGUUCAUGAAUGUCAGGAAGAUCACCAAUUACAGCUUUAACACAUGGGAGAGAGAAGCCUCUGGAAACAUGAAGAGGAGUCUGAAUUACACAAUAACCAUUAGCAAUCCUCUGAUUGGGAAGUUCUCCACUGCUACCGAGUACCAGACCCUGUACAAAGAGUCCAGGGAGGGUCAGUAUUACCUCAUAGAUGCUGAGGUGUACACUCACAACGUUCCCUAUCAUGAUUACUUCUACACUCAAAACCGAUACAGCAUCGUACGCAACUCGAAGCGCAAGUGUCGGCUCAGGGUCUGUACUGAUGUGAAGUACAAGAAACAGCCAUGGGGUCUGGUCAAGUCCUUUAUCACGAAAAACUCCUGGAGCGGCAUUGAAGAUUAUUUCAGACAGCUGGAGGCGGAGCUGCUGGAGGAGGAGGCAGAGAUGAAUCAGGGGGGCGGAGACUCUGGGAGGAUGGGCGGGCUCCGGAGGAGGAGGCGGACCUUCAGCCGGACUCUGCAGGACCACAUGAAGCCCAACAAGCAGUACGGGCCGGACUCUGAGCAGCACAGAGACAGCAGCAUGGGCCCCAUAGAGAUGAAAGGCCCAUACAGGUGGAACAUCACUACUAUAGUGGCUGCAAUGAGUAUAAUUCUGCUGAUUCUGACGGUGCUCAAUCUUGGCCUAUUUUUCAAGUUGUGGGCUAUGGAGGACGUGGCUCACCGCAUGUACCUGAGCGCCAAGCACCGAAUGCGGGAGAGGACUGAGUCCAGCUUGGCCCCUGAAUUUGGUCCCAGACAGGCACCAGGGUACAGGACCAGAGAAGAGAUGCAGCUGCUGAAGGCCGUUCUGCAGGACUCCAUCAACCUUUUAGAACAGCUCCGCAGUUCUCUGAUGAUGCUGCAGCAGAACUUUGCAGCAGCCAAUCAGACGGCAGCGCCACAGUGAUGCUCCCACGCCUGGUGACCUGGGCCCAUCGGUCAUGUAGCAGAAAGGACUGCAGCAACGAACUGCCUUUGAGGAAAUCACUCUCAUAUUCAGUGACGUUGCCAUGGAGAUGUCCCCAGACCCCUGACAGGCUGUGUUUGUUGCCAAGGGCAACAAGCCCCAAAGCUGUUGGUGUGGCAUCAGGUGCCAGGAUGUUUUUAAAAGCUCUGUUGUGUGUUGCAUUGUUGUGAGCAGCGGACGGAGCAGUGGGUCAUGUUUCUGUCGGCUGCCUUUGUCUGCACACUUGGCUGGUUUGUUCCUCAGUCUCGUCUUAAAUGGCAGCACUGGACUUGAUGAAAGUCAGAGAACCUGUAAUCCUUCCCCUCUCCUCACCGUUCCCAUUGUUUGCUCAGUGCCAUGUCAAAUGAACUAGUGUAAAUACAGUGUGACAUUUUGUUUUAUUAUGCUGAGUGGCAUUGAUUUGUCCAACACCAUCACUGGCGAGUGGCAGUAGUUAAUUUUUUUUUUUUUUUAAAUUCUUUUUAGGAGAAUUAUUUUUGCUCUUACUUCUACGCCUUAAAGGGCAUAUUUUAGAUUUCUUUUGAGAUUUUACUUCUUUUCAAUGAAAAUGUGGUAGAAUCAAAGCGACACAAUAAAUCAAAUGGUUUUCUUCUUUUAAAUUAUAAUAAACCUUUGUCCUUUCUUCUUAAAUUGAGUCUUAGGAAUUGUUGCAACUGGUUUGCACUAUGAACUACAAACAUCAGAUGACCAUUCUCACAUUUUUAUAUAACUUUGAUAUACUCAAAGUCUUAACACUGCAAAUACUGUUUUCUAAAUCAGAACACAUUUAAUGGAGCUUCCAUUAGCUUCCUGUUGGAAACAUCUUUAUUGAGUUUAAUUGUGAUUUAAGCAGCCAGCAGGCCUCUUUUACCACCAGUCUACAUCAUAGUUGGAUGCAGUUUCCUCUUCCUCUGUGUUUGUCUGCAUUGAGCCAAAGUUUAAAAGAAAAAGGUGUGGUUGGUGUAAUCUUGAAUGCUGAUUUAUACCAAUCCAUCUCACGUGAUUGCAAUAAAAUUAUACGGGCGAGGGCAGGCUUAUGCUUUUCACCCACAUCUGAUACCUCAGUCCUGUGCCUUCACACUAUCAAAACUUAAUUAGACAGAAGAUUCUAUAAACUCUGAAGCCACAACUACAAGUUAUUUCCAUGUUGAUUUUUUUUUUUCAGUGACUUGUUGGUGACUCAAAAGUACAACGUGCUCCUUGUUUGUUUGACGUUUACACCGUGUUGCCAUGAAACUCGAAUUGGGUAGUGCACAAUCGCAGUGCACCUUUCACUUACCCAGAUAUAUGAUACACUACCAUUGUUGAAUGACGGUUUUGUACAGUUGUCCUGUUUUGAAUAAAAGGUGCUGGCUA